GGUGAAUACGGUCACAAAACAAACACACCGCACAGUAUACCACUUGCUGUUUUGUAUUUCCGAUAUCCAUAGCAACGGUUACUUGCUUAUGCCACGCAUUCAGCCACAAUGUGAAAUGCCACUUAGUUUUGUUUUGUUUACUAUUUCAACUGUGACGGAAAAGGGUGAAGCGUGCCAGCAGCAAAAACAUUUCAAUCAUUCUCAUUUCAUUUUGUUGUUUUGUUCAAUGACUUUUGAGUGUGGAUGCAAGGACAAUGAGCUGAUCUUAUCACUAGAGAACGAAUUAGAUUUGUAUAAGCAUGAGCACGAGAAAUUGCGGCAGAAAAUUGACGAAAUUGUAAAGUCAAAUGAGGCACCGUGCAAUGAUGAUGCCUAUGAAAAAUUUGUUCAGGCCGAAGCCAAUUAUCAAUCGUACAAACAAAUCUCCACUGAUGCCAUCAAUAAUUUAAAAGGACAAAUUGAAUAUAUCAACACUGAGAGACUGACUUAUUACAACUUAUGGAAAAUAUCACAGCAAACUAUAUGCAAUUUAGAAGCGGAGAUCAAUCAAUAUUUGAAACAGUCGAAUUGUCCAGAUUCUGUUCAACAAUUAAAAAAUCAAAUUCGCGCUUCCGAGCAGAAAAUCGUGGAACUUCGGCAUGAAAUAGACUCAGGAAAAUCAAUCGAAAUGAGUUUAGAACAGAGUAAAAACGCCUGUGAAGUCCAAAUGAGAACGCUGGACAAAAAAUACAAUGAUUUAACGAUCGAACAUAGGGACGUCCUGGCACAACUAAAAAAUAUGGAAAACGUGUUGCGCGAUAAUCGCUUUGAAACAACUGAACUGAGAAAGGAGCGAGAUGCGUACAAAAAACAAUUGAAAUCAUAUUGUGAAUUGCACAAGCAAUACCAACUUCGCGAAUCGAUAGCACACACAAAAAUGCACGAUGCUCUUCAGAUGAUCGAAACGGCACUGGCAGAGAAAAAUGCGGCGAUGCUACGUGAAAAAGAAAUUCGAGAUGAAUGUGAUCAAUUGGCGUUGACGAUAGGCAAAGUGAUGGAAGAGGCUGGCGAUAAAGUCGAAGGCAAUAUCGAUGAGAUAAAAACCAAUUAUACACAACGAAUGCAUAAAUUGGAGGAUAUCAUCAAAAAAGUGUGGUUUUCAAAUUCGAAUCGAACACCAGUCUCAAAUACUUUAAACUCUAACAUUUACCGUAUUUUUCAGUUGAUCGUAUCGAAAGAGACUUUAUCGAAAAAUAAUCAGUUGUCGAGGGGCCAAGUGCAGGAAUUGCAAUCGAAUCUUGCAAAAAUCGUGUCUGCCAAUGAAACGCUCAACACCGAUCUACAGACGGCCUCAAAAACAAUCGUGGAACUCGAAAUGAAGCUGAGGGCAUAUGAAAAGUUGAUCGCAUGUGAACAGGCAACCUCAAAAACUUCAUUUAUCUCCAGGGAAUCAGAAGAGCGUUGGAAGAAGUUACAAGACCUGUUGGUUCAAAACGUGAAUCUCAAGCAAAAGUGGAGAGACUCAUUCACUGAAAUGACAGAGAGGCUGCAAAGAGAAUUGGUACAGUUUCAAAGGGAAAACUCACGCCUCAUCGCUGAAAAUCAAAAGUUGACCAAAGAACUACAGAAACGUAAUAAAAGCUAAUGUAGUUUGACUUGAAAAAUAAUUUGAUAUUGCGAAAUGUUAUAAAAAUAUGUACAUAUUUUGCAAAAGAAAAAACACAGAGUGUGA